UGAAAGGAGAUAGAGCUGUUUCCUGUCAUUUUAGUGGAGAACAGAAAGAUAUCUGCAAUUGUUCCGUUAAAAACAAUCAGACCGGGUUUCUGGUUUCAAUGCACCUGGGAAAUCUGCCCAAACUGAAAAACGCGGAACUGGAUGAAUAUAUACGAAAUCAGGUCAUGCAGAACUUCAAGACAGAAAUGCCAAAGUUGAAGGACAUUGUCAUUCAGGAGAUAAAACUCAACAUGGCUGGUGCAGACGUUGCUGUACGUAUUUACGACGACAAGAAGGAUGGAGAGGCCCUAAAAUCUGUUUUCACGAGAUGGUCCGCCAGGAGAUUUAUCAGUAACUUAACCGUACUUGACGAGGACAUAAAUUCCGGCCCAAUUUUGUCGACGGCGAGUCUUUCAGUCAACAAACCAGGGAUAAUAAGGAUUCAUGAGGACUUCAUUCUUUCUUGUGAGGCACGAGGAUCUUCGGCGAUGACAUUUCGAUGGAUGAAAGAUGGAAUCUUCAUAAAAACUUCACAUUCUGGAGGCCGCAAAUGGAACAGGAUCAUCAGAGACCCGCAUGUUGAAGGCCAGUACACCGCUUUGCUCGGGGUGACAGAGGCCGACGGCCUGGACGCUGGCGUCUUUACUUGUCAAGUGGAGGAUUUCAGAUUUCAGCGAUGCAUGUCAAAGAGAAUAAAUAUAGGAAGACCGCCCUCCAUAAGAAUGGAUCCUAUGAGCCUGACUGUUCGCAAAGGGGAGAAAUUCGCUAUAAAAUGCAUCUGUGCGGAGGACAAUUCCCAGAACAGGAGGACCUACAGCUGGACGAAAAACCGGGAAUUGCUGCCGGUCAGGACUGAUUGGGGAAGUUACGAAGUUCUCUACCCCGACGGGAGUAUCUUGGAGGUCCAUAAAGCUGAGAAAUCGGCCACCUAUUCCUGUUUAGUUCAAGAGGGAUCGACCUCCGCAGAAGCUUCCGUAGAAGUGCUGGUCUUAACAAGCAACAAUAUGAAGACAUGCGAAGCUGGUGUACACUUUGGGGUGUCAUGGCCCAAAACUGCUCCAGAUACCGAGAGUAAACAACCAUGUCCAUCGGAUUUUUCCGGAACAGCUUCGCGUAGAUGUACUUUGUCUUCUAGAGGAGCAGUCUGGAGAACUCCUGAUUUUUCCCAGUGUCUAUCCAGGGAGCUAUCGAAAGUGUCCACUGAGUUCCAGGCCUACCGCUUAGGUUACGAGACAUCAUAUGGACCUUCGGAAACCAUGAGCGCGAUCUUGCGUCGCCUUCAUGGACGUCCACUGCUCCCUGGAGAAGGUGCCCAUUUAUUAACCCUAGUAAGAAACGUUGUUUCCACCAUCAACAGCAGCCGUUUUCAACUUGCAGAUGGAGGACGUGGCCUUUUCGAUAUCAUAGAGGGCAUCAUGGGACAGAGAAAUGCACUAAUAGAUGGCACACAAGUCGAACUGUUGCAGCGGGUCAUCAAAGAAAUGGCGCUGUUCCAUUUCUCCCCCUACGUAAACGGGACUCAGUCGGUUUUUCAUCGGAGUUCCGGUGCUAUUGACGUCAGUCUGGUGGAAGUCGAUAGGACGAAAUCGCCGUUUUUGAGAUUUCCCCUGUCAGGAAAAAGCUACCCGAAAUGGUUCUCCUAUAAAUUGGAAGUGAACGUGGAACUAGGAGACUGCACGCCCGUUUUGGCCUCGGUGGUCUACAGGAAUUUAUCGUCCUUCUUGCCCCCCAGGUCUUCCAUCCGUCUGGAGGAUGGAACAGAGAUCGAAUAUAUCCUCUCCUCGGAAAUAGUUGGAGUAUGGCUUUUCGACGCAGCCAAGAACGUUGAACUAAAACCGCUGAGAGGCGUCACCAUGUCUAUGGAGUUACAAAACCGCCCUAAAAACUCAUCUUCCGGCAACUGGGAGACAAGAUGUGCAGUGGCAGAUUUCGCAUUGUACGAGAAUUCUUGGGAUAUAUCCUCCUGCAGUACGGAGGAACUGAAUGACACCUACACGAGAUGUUUCUGCACAAAACCUGGCACCUAUGCCAUAAUAAUGGCGAAUAAACCGGAGAAGACCUUCGGGGUGAAGCUGGAGCUCCACAAGUUCGUGGUCACCUUGGGAUGCACCAUAUGCUUUGUGUUGUCGACAGCCAGCGGCAUCUUGUUACUGGCGCACUGGUCCCAGAACAGGACAUGUCUGCUCUUCGUCAAACUACAAUGUUGCUUCUCAAUAUCAGGUGCGAUGAUGGUGUUUGUCAUCGCCCUUGCAACGGAGAACAAUCACAGUGCCAGUUUGGCGAUGUGUCUGAUGGUACUCCUGGAAACUUUCCUGCUUAUCGCAGCGUCCACGCAGCUGAGCAAACUGCUGGUUGUUUACGCCGAGUUCGUGCAGUUCCCGCGACCCGGCAGGGCCAAAAUGACCGUUAUUGGUAUCAUCACAGGUGUUCCACUAAUAACAGUUUUCGGCAAUCACACAGCGCAUAGAACGAUGAACAUCAAACUCAAGACAUGGUGGAUAGUAACGAACAGUUUGAGCUUUUACGUAUUCAUGACAUGCUUCGUCAUCAUAAUCCUGCUCUAUAUUUUCGUAUUCGUGGUUGUCGAAAGUAAAUUGCAGCAAUACUCAAAAUUCCAUCAGAAAAACAUCGGAUGUCUCCAACAGCGAAUGUACCUUUUGAACAGAUCAGCGCUCAUUUUUGUUUUUCUGAUCACCAUGACGCUCAGUAGCAUAGCCUAUGUAAACAACAGCAAUCGAAUCUACUGGAACUACGAAUUCUGCAUAGUGACCAUCUCCCUGGGUCUGGUUAUUGUAUUCAGCUAUGUGCUCAAGAAAGAUAAUAUCUCCUAUCCAGACAUCCUUGACAAAUUGAAGAAUAAAGACAAGGAAAUGAUCAUAGCCAACUCUAAAAACGAUCAUCUCACAUUCUACACGAAGGAAGACGCUGAGGCAGAGAGCGAAUCAACCCCUGAGUCCAAAUACACCCCCAAAACAACCAAAGUCCGUUUCGCCCCAGAGCCGCAGUUAGACCUCAUAGAACACCCCCCAGAGGUAAUAGCUUUCGACGUCCUUGAGAACUACAGGUGCAGUCCGAAGAGUUUUCGAAGAGGCAGCGUAAGUUCCGUCACCCAGGGAGGCUCCAAAGAACCCGACUGUUUGGAGUUGGACCUAGUGAUCUCCUUCAAACAAGAGGAACAGAAGAAAGUCAACUUGGUCAGACCAAGGAUAGCCAUAUCGUCUUGCGACGACGAUCUAGUGAGAGGUGGAAAAAUGGAGUUUACGACAUUUCAGAAGAACAGUGAAGUGAAAAGUGAAAAACCAAUGGGGGAAACUAGUGACUUGGACGUCGUUCUGACGAGUAUUUCGCAAGAUCUGGAUUACCUCCUGAACCAGGAGGAAGAUCUCAUGGAUACGUUGAAAAGGAAACGUUUGAAAUCGCCAAGAAAGAUUGAGGGGGAUGAUUCGGGGAGUAGGAAGUACCCAGAAGCAAUAGCGGAUAUAUCUAGAACGAAGUGUUAGUGAACAAUAAGUGUGUGAAAGUGUUGAUGUUGAAGAGUUUGUCUGAAGAAAGAAUUGAAAAUCAUGUUCUAGUUAAUUGAAAAUUCUAAUUUUUAUUAUACAACGAGCCAGUGAAGAAACAUAUUUA